UUCUGACAAUCAGUCUACAAUCUGUGCCACGUGGAAAGGAAGGUGUUGGAAAUUUAAGAGGACGGGUCUCCUCGAGAGAACAACAACGGCACCACCCGUGCUUGUAGUAUCGGCAUCCAUCAAUUUCAUAAUGCGUCUUCUUGCUUCAGCGUCAACUUUGCUCACUGCUCUGAUAGCAGUGACCAGUGGGUCAUUUCUAUCUUCUAGAAGAGAGAUAGCACUGUGUCUCUGCGAAGAUGAAGCAUGGGAUAUCACAAGACGAUGGCUCAGCGUCUUCUCAACCCCUGGCGUUUCUAGCAAGGCGGAGCUGGCGACUAUCGUUUCUCAAAAUCUCACGAGCUACGACGACGCAUUCGGUCCUCCAACCAUUGGAAUCGAUGGACUCUGGGCCGCCCUGACAGCACCUGGCAACGCCACGACAGCCAACGUGACGCAGACGCCCAACUUUAUCCUACAUACAUGCGACCAGAUUGCGUACAACUGGCAGUACACCGCUGUGACAACUGGCUAUAAUUCAACGGUAACGGUGGGAACACCAGUUGCCUUUACCGGGAAUGAUAUCAUCCGGGUUGAUCUGGCGACCAGGCUGAUAACUAAUGCCACGUCCGCUGGAAAUUGGAUUGUACUCGCUGGCCAAUUAGGGGAUUCAUGUACUGUCUGAUGAUGUUCUUCUCAUCUCCGCCGAACGGCCCCUCUAUCAUCUGAUAUGUUGGGCCUAUUUUCGUUGCACUCAAGGCCUACUUAAAGUAGCUUGAAUCUCGCAAGCCAAUACGGAACCAUCCUUCAUUCGAUCCGACCAUAGAAUACUCUUGAUUGUCUGAGAUAUUCACAUGUCGUGAAUGGAAACUAGGCGAAGUCCUUAGCAAGUGAUGUUAUGCACUGGCACUGAAUGAUCCACGAUUGCCUCGAUUCACCAGCACCAAGUUGCUGAAGUAUGAAACAAACCAAGUAUAAAGACUUAAUUCAUGACCACACUCACAUUGGCCCUGAGAAAGAGCGUCAAUCACUUCUAACCUAACAGGAAUAAUG